AAAGGGUAUUUCCACAAUUGAAUGGUUUUCCUGUGAGAGCACAAUUGGUUUUGUUUCUAAUAUGUCUACAAAAUAUUUAGAAAUAGAAAAUGAAAUAAAAUAAAGAAUGGAUAGAGAGGACAAGAGAAGGUACCUAAUUGUGGGCUCUGUGAUACUAGAAAUUGUUUCUCCACUACUGAGAAAGAAGCUAGAAGACUGCUACACUAGUAAAGGAUUGGGCUGUUUACAAGAUUUUAUCAACAGUCUUCCUGUCAAACACAUCCUAUUUCAUCUACGUCACAAAAAUAGCAAAUGUUGUGUAGAUACUGCUAAUUGUGUAAACCAGCAAUCCCUUCCUCUUAACUAUAGCCAGUGGAAUCGUAUGUACACUGCAGGAUCAACCAAACACAACUGUCACUGUAAAUAUACAACGAAACCUAUUUCCUUGAAUGAUCUUGACCUCACUUUGUUAAGUUUAAUUUUACUGAACUGCUGCAGCUUGUCAUCAUAUGAAGAAACUUUGAUUUGCGACCUUCGAGAAUUCAAGAACAACUAUCUCAGCCACAACACAGAUGGCGCCAUUUCUGAGACAGAAUACAACACUCUCUGGACAGAUUUAACAUCAUAUGUUCUACAACUGGACCCAAGUAAACAGAAUGACCUUGUUAUAAUACAAAACAGACCAUUGGAUGAGUCUCGUUGUCAAUACUAUGUAACAUGUCUUGUAGAUGUGCAUGUUAUACUUGAAAAGAUUGACACAAAAAUAGAUGCAACAUCUGCAGAAAUAAGAACAACUAUUGACAAUGGUAAUACUGAAGUAAUGGGAACUAUUGGCACAAAAACUGCUGAACUGCUUGCUGCAAUGGGUAUCAACAAUGUUGUGCUUUUGGCUAAAAUAGAGGAGGUGUUACAGAAUAUGAUCUGUCAGAGAUGUAAAAGAAGCAUUGACGAACAAGACAAAAAGGGACGAGCUUUACAGCCAUACAAUUUAGGACAUGCUAUCUUCACACUACAUCAUGAGAUAAACCUAAUAUCAGUUGUUGGUGCUGACAUGCUUGGAGGAACAGAUAUAGUGAUGAUGGAUGAUGGUAGACUGGUGAUGUGUUUACCUAACCAGAGGAGACUACUGAUCUGUAAUACAGAUGAAUCACAAGAAGACAGUAUAGAUGUGCAGGGUGAACCAUUGUGUAUAACAGCAGUCAACAACUCUACAGUAGCUUUUACACUGGAGGAGAGUAGGUGUAUAGUGAUGUAUGACAUAAACAAUAAACUCAGACUUAAAUCAAUAUCAGUACCUGGAAUGUGGUAUAGGAGUAGCAUUACAACUAUACACAACAAGUUAGUUGUAGAUGGUGUCAACAGACUACAAAUCAUAGAUCAUCAGAUAGGAGAAGUUGUACAGACAAUACAAACUACCUGUGAUCCUUGGAUGUUACAUGGUUCUGGUGACAAAAUAUUCUACAGUCAUUCCUACAACAACAACAAGCUGUACUGGUAUAGUUAUACUGAUGACAGACAUCACAACCUAACAUUACCAUCAUCACCUAAGAGAAUGGCUACACUACAAGAUAGUAGUCUGUAUGUGAUGUGUAUUGAUGGAUCAUUACAACAUGUGUCAUCUGAUUGUAAACAGUAUGCUACUGUGAAGAAAAAAGGACUGAAAGAACGGAAGAAUUGUCCGCUGUCACAAAUGUCAUAUAAUUCAAACCAAAGAAAACUUACCACACUAAGUUACCAUGAGACAAUAAUUAAAGUCUUCCAUGAAAUAAUAAAACUGUGAAAUAAUCUUCUUUAUAUGCAUAUGUAUAUGUUUUUUAAUUAUACUGGUAAUAUGAUACUUCAGAAAAAAACAGAAUAUUAAUACUUGAUCAAUUUAUUAGGUAUUCAGUUAUAAAAUUUACAAAUGAUUUAAUGCACUGCUGAGAUCCUUUUAAUCAAUUUCUAAUUUCUGUAUAAUUUUAUUGUCCUGGUUUGCAAUUUUAAAUGAACCAAAACCAAUUUUUAUUAUACAUGAUUU